AUGGUUCGUGGUUCUCUGGUUCUCUGGUUCGCCGAUUCGUCCGUUUAUGAGUCGAUUACCCUUGUUUUUUUUCUUGUUUCUAAGCAUUUGUCUGGGAUUUGUAUUCUAUAUCAGCCUAUAUUAGCCUUGCCUUUUGGAGGCACAUUGAGCCAUCAAGGCAAGGCUGCCAAGGCAAAACUGUUGGAGUCAAAUACUCUAGCAAAUGGUGAUCGUGUGAAUUUGAUUGAUCUGGUGGAGGAGUAUGAAAAUGAAAACUCUAUUGUGAUUAGCCAUGUAGAGCCCGUAUCUGAUGAUGGUGGAGACACUGCAAAUACUGAUGCCCCUAGUAUUGUCUCUACUGAGUGCCAAACAGAUGUUCAAACAGUAGCCAAUGAAAGAAAAAAGAGAAAGAGGACUUCCAAUGUAUGGAAUGAUUUUGUCGAACUUGAACGAGAUGGGACUAAACAACCUCAAUGUAAGUGGUGUAAAUCUUUGUUUAAAGCAUCUCGAUCAAGUUCUACGACUACACUACGUAGGCACUUGCUAACUUGUUUGCCAUAUAUGGGGUCUAAGAAAAAACAGAAAGUCUUAGCAGUUGAGUCUAAGGAGAAAGAUGGUAGAUUCACUGUCUCAAACUUUACCUAUGAUCGUAAUAGGGUCCGAGCGCUUGCCUCUCAUAUGAUACUUUACCAUGAGUAUCCAUUUUUUUUUUUAAUGGAGCAUGUGGUAUUUAAUAAGUUCAUGAGUGCAAACACUCCAUAUUGGGAAAAAAUGUCUCGGGCUGCUGCAAAGAAGGAAUUCAUGAUAACUUAUGAGACUGAAAAGACAAAGUUAAAGGCUUUGCUUAAACCUGUUAACAAAGUUCAUAUCACAACUGACAUGUGGACUUCUUGUCAAAUGCUUUCAUAUAUGGUAGUGACAUAUCAUUUUAUAGAUACUGAUUGGCAUUUUCAGAGGCGUGUUUUGAACUUUUGUAAUGUGCCACCUCUACAUACUGGCAUUCUUAUUGCUGAUGCUUUAGAAAAGUGUUUCCAAGGUUGGGGAAUUGAGAAUAAAAUUAGUUCAAUUACUGUUAACAAUGCAAGUUCUAAUGAUGUUGCCAUUAGGAUCUUCAAAGAUAAUUUUAGAUUGAAGAAAACAUUGUCUGUAAGAGGGAAAUUGUUUCAUGUAUGUUGUUGUGCGCAUAUAACUAAUUUACUUGUGCAGUAUGGACUUGGAGAGAUUAGGGAGAUUGUUGAUUGUGUGAGAGAUGAUAUAAAAUAUCUAGUAGCAUCCGAGAGUAGGCUAAAACAAUUUAGUGAAAUUGCAAAACAAUUGCAAUUGCCCUUAAAGAAAUUGAUUUUAGAUGUGUCUACAAGAUGGAACAGCACAUAUUUAAUGUUGGAUGCUGCAAUUCAGUUCAAAGAAGUUUUUCCUAGAUAUAGUGAUAGUGAUAGUAGUUUUGAAUGGGUUCCAACAGUUGAAGAGUGGGGGCAAGUUGAAAAUGUUUGUCAACUACUUGCUAUUUUCAAUGAAGUAACCAAUAUUGUAUCCGAAAGUGAUUACCCAACAUCAAACUUAUUCCUUUCUGAAGUAUGGAGAAUGAAAGACAUCUUAGGUAAGAAGAGUAGAGAUGAGAAUGAAUACAUGAAAUCAAUGGUAAAGAAAAUGACUGCUAAGUUUGACAAAUAUUGGGGGGAGUGUAAUCUAUUGAUGGCAAUCGCUGCGGUGUUAGACCCUAGAUUCAAAAUGGUCUUGAUCCAAUUCUGUUUUCUUUUAAUUUAUCAAGACUCAGACGCUUCUAAGAAUAUUGAUUACGUCUCUCAAGUGUUGCAUGAGUUAUAUGAUGAGUAUGUUCAUGAAUACAAUUCAACUCUUGAGGUACAAAGAGAGCAGGAAAAUGCUCGAAUAAACGUAUCCAGUUGUUCCUCAAGUGUUGGGAGAAACAUGCAGAGUGGCCAGUCAUUAUUUAAAUCUUUUGUUAGAAGUGUUGAUACCGUGCAGCCUAGUAAAUCAAAACUGGACAAUUAUUUAGAGGAGAGUAUAUAUAUCUGUGAAAAGGGUUUAGAUGCAAGUUUCAAUGCCUUGGAAUGGUGGAAAACAAAUAAUCUUAAGUUUCGAACUUUGUCCAAAUUGGUCCGAGAUAUAUUGGCUACACCAAUUACCACAGUUAGCUCAGAAUCAACAUUCAACGCAGGAGGCAGAGUCAUUGAUCCUUAUCGAGCUUCAUUGCCAACUGAAACUGUCCAGAUGUUGUUAUGUGGGUCUGAUUGGGUUAGAGCAUUAUAUGGGCUUAAAAGAUCAUCAACAAAUUCUUUGUCUAUCUUGGUUGUUUGGCUGAUUUUGCUGAAUUUUGGUAACUUGUUGUUUCCUUGUUGUGAACUUGUUACUGAACUUGUAACUUCUUUGAUAAACUUAUUUGGUAACUGCCUGUGUUAUCAACUUGUCUACCUAACAGUUUGUUGUCUGGCUGAUAUGAGUCAUGCCUAUUGCUGGGUGGCUGUUUUGGAUCUGUUCUGUGAUUUCAAUAAGUCUGAAUCCCUAAUGCACAUAUUUGUUUAUGAGAUUGCUUGUAUAAUUGUAUUGUGUAACUUGUUAGAGAUAUGCCAUUGA